CCCAGGUCAGCUAUGCUUUGGAGCCCCAAUGACCUGGGCUCAGUCCCCAACAUGUUACCAUCUUGGAUACUCAUGGCCUUUGCACUGGCUUUUCCUGAUGCUGGAACACCUCUUCAGUUCAAUGGGCUCUAUUCGUCCAUCAACUCCAAGAUCGCUUCUCUUCUCUGCCCUUGCACUGAGUUAAGGCUUCUUGACACCAGCCUGGGCCCCCACAGCGCUAUGUAUUCUCUACCACCAGUCAUCACACCAUGCUAUGCUCUGAGGGGUUCCCUUGGGACAAAGCCUGAUCCAGUUAUCUCUGCACCUCUAGCAGCAGCCCAGGCCUGGCUUGUCUGUUGAAGAACUACUGCUGUGGGUUGUGACACUCUCCAGAAGGCAUGCCCAGGAGAAGGGCAUGGAUGACUUGGGCACAGAGGCUGUAUUAACAGGGCCCUGCCUGACUAUGAGGUCCCAGGAAGGUGGCGUCAGCAUCUGCAGCCGCGUCGACUUUGUCGGAACCUCCACGGAGGACCCAGGAGAACCGGACUAGGACCAGGGCCCUGGGCCUCCCCACGAUCCCCAUGGAGAAGCCCGCGGCCUCCUCAGAGCCCCAGGGGCCUCGGCCAGUCCUGGGCCGAGAAAGUGUCCAGGUGCCCGACGACCAGGACUUCCGUAGCUUCCGGUCGGAGUGUGAGGCCGAGGUGGGCUGGAACCUGACCUACAGCAAGGCCGGUGUGUCAGUGUGGGUGCAGGCUGUGGAGAUGGAUCGGACUCUGCACAAGAUCAAGUGCCGGAUGGAGUGCCUCGAUGUGCCGGCAGAGACGCUCUACGAUGUCCUACACGACAUUGAGUACCGAAAGAAGUGGGACAGCAACGUCAUCGAGACUUUCGACAUUGCCCGCUUGACAGUCAACGCUGACGUGGGCUAUUACUCUUGGAGGUGUCCCAAGCCCCUGAAGAACCGUGAUGUCAUCACCCUCCGCUCCUGGCUCCCCAUGGGCACCGAUUACAUCAUUAUGAACUACUCAGUCAAACAUCCUAAAUACCCACCUCGGAAAGACUUGGUCCGAGCUGUGUCCAUCCAGACGGGCUACCUCAUCCAGAGCACGGGGCCCAAGAGCUGCGUCAUCACCUACCUGGCCCAGGUGGACCCCAAAGGCUCCUUACCCAAGUGGGUGGUGAAUAAGUCUUCUCAGUUCCUGGCUCCCAAGGCCAUGAAGAAGAUGUACAAGGCGUGCGUCAAGUACCCCGAGUGGAAGCAGAAGCACCAGCCGCACUUUAAGCCAUGGCUACACCCGGAGCAGAGCCCGUUGCCCAGUCUGGCGUUGUCGGAGCUGUCGGUGCAGCACGCAGACUCGCUGGAGAACAUCGACGAGAGCACAGUGGCAGAGAGCCGGGAGGAGCGAGCAGGCGGCGCUGGUGGGGAGGGCAGCGACGACGACACCUCUCUCACCUGAGAGCGCCCUGCUAUCAGGACCGAGACUGGACUGGGGCCAAGCCUCGGGCGCAGAGCUUCCCGCACCUCCUUCCCUCCCCCACCCUGCCUCCUGGGGGCGAUGGGCUCGGGCCCAGGUGGCGGUGAGGCCUGGCUGGAUACAGCCCCAAUAAAUGAUCCCACAGCCUCA